AUGGGUGUCAGAAAGGGAGAUGUCGUGGGCGUAAUGGCCGGCAACUGUCAAGAGCACAUCGACAUUUUCAGUAGUGCUGCCCGAAUCGGAGCGCCAGUAGCUUCCAUGCAUGCAACCUUCACCCUUGACGAGUUGUGCGGCGCUUUGGCAUCGAGCACAUGUAAGGUGCUCUUCAUAGCGACGAAGAUCGGCAAACGAGAUACAUCAGCACUCAUCGAGAUGGCUGGCCGGCUAUGCAAUGAAGACUCCAACCUGGAGCAUGUCAUCACAAUUGGGGAGCCUCAACUAUGGUCCGAGACCACAAAUUAUCAGGUCUGGCAGACUUUUCUCCAACGAUCUGAAAGCGUCUUCAUCGACGAAGCUCUUCUCAUCCACUUCGCCCAGCUGGUCAGCCCAACAGAGCCUAUCAGUUUGCAGUUCACAUCUGGAACUAUGGGCAAUCCGAAGCUGGCAACGCUCACGCAUUUCAACAUCUUGAACAACGCCCUGUUUAUGGGUAAUGCUAUGGACCUGUGCUCGCGAGACGUUCUCUGCUGUCCCGCACCGCUUUCGCAUUGCUCUGGGUUGGUAGUGGGAUUUCUUAACGCCCUGGUACAUGGUACAAUGCUCGUACUUCCGAGCCAAGUCUUUGAGGCGGAAAGGACCGUAGACGCACUCGUGCAGGAGAGAUGUACAGCCAUCAUCGGCGUUCCUACGAUGUAUCUGGCUGAACUUGAAGUCCUCAAGACGAGGUCGUUGGACAAGGCGUUCUUACGAACAGGACUCAUUGCGGGCGCAAAUGUUGCACCCGCGCUGAUGGAACGCAUCUAUGCCGAGCUAGGGGCAGAAGCAAUGCUAAUCGCGUACGGCAUGACUGAGACUGGUCCGAUCACAUUUUGCUUUAUGGAUAAUGAGGGCUACUGCUAUGUUAGUGGGCGCCUGAAAGACAUCAUCAUUCGAGGUGGACAGAACAUAUAUCCCGCCGAGAUUGAGGAGCGGCUCCUGCAAUUACCGACGAUCGCUGAAGCGGUCGUUGUCGAGAUCAGGGAAUGGAUCCGUGAGACGCUUGGUCGACACAAGGCGCCGAAGCACAUAUUUUGGGUCGGUGUAGGCAAGGGAUUGGCAAGCAUUCCCAAAACAGGCAGUGGGAAGCCCGCGAAGCACGAAUUGCGCAAGAUUGCCCUGGAAUUGCUGCAAGACAUCAAUGUUGGACAGGCGAGGUUGUGA